AAGUCUAUUAUCCAUCAGAAUUCUCAGUUCUUCGACAAGUUAGUUGAGCUCAUCCCUGCCAGGUUCUAUCUACCCAUUGACGAUGAUGAGAAGCCGUGGUUUCAGGGUCUCAGCAAGUCUGCCAAAGCUUCAGCAAAGAAGGAAUCAAAGGAAAAUAUUAAGAAAGCUCGAAGACAACGAUUGGAUCCAGAGAAGUCUUCUACGACAACCCUUGAUUUGCUAAAACAAAGUUUGGAAAAGAAGUCAAGCGAUGAGAGUGACAGUGAUGAAAUAGAGGUUAAACCUGUGGUGGCUGGUCUAGAAGAUGAUGACCGGUCAGUGACAUAUGAAGAACUCCAGCAUCGUCUUCGUUGUAAGAUCGAGGAGUUUCGGGCUGGUCGGCACUGUGAAGGUUCAGAGAGAGCAAGGAAGAGGAUCGAGAGACAUGAGAGAUAUGAGAAGAAAGGAGCUGACCCGAAGAAACGGAAGAGAGAAACUGCAUCUGAUGGAAAGAAAUCGACUAGUGACGAUUCAGUGAUGAAAGAUGCUGCAGAGGCUUCGAAGGAGCUCACAUUCAGUCAUGUCAAACUUGGGAAUGAAGAUGAGCUGGGGAAGAAGAAUAAGAAGAGAAAAUUGUCAAAGUUGCAGGAGCUUGAGAGGGCAAAACAGUUGGAAGAAGCCAAGAAAGAUCCCGAGAAAGGUGAGAUAAUCGCAAAGAAGCAUUCUUGGAAAGCAGCAACAAGUAGAGCUGCUGGGAUCAAGGUUCAUGAUGAUCCAAAGUUGUUGAAACAAAGCCUUCACAAGGAGAAGAAGAAGCACCAGAAGAAUGCUGAGAAGUGGAAGGGAAGGGUUGAAACCACAGAGAAGAUGAAAGCAGACAAACAGAAGAAGAGAUCAGAUAACAUAUCACAGAAGAAGCAAGAGAAGAAAAUGCGGAAGAUUGCGAAAAGAGAGAAAAAACUCAUGCGGCCAGGUUUUGAAGGUCGCAAAGAAGGUUUUAUCACGCAAGGUUAAGCAUUAAGUUCUCACAAGAAUUUAAGUCCAAUCAGCUCAGGGGAGGUUAAUUUGAGGGUUUUUUU